CGCUCCGCUUAGAUCCCACUAUUUGCUGUUGUUUGCACAAAAUAUUUAAUCUUGUGCUUUACGCGUUUAUAACAACUUCAGUCUUUGUACUAGAUUUCAAUGCGUUAUAUUUCAUGUGGUGUUUUCAUCUUUAUCUGGGCGAGUCAAUAACGCUUCGAAACCAACGGGAUUUUCUUUGGAUUAUACAUUAAAUUUUGGUUUCACUUUCUCCAACCCCAUUUGUGUAGCUCCAGAUGCAUGUGUCACGUGCUGUGAUCAUUCUGCGUUUAAAACAUCUCAGUUUUAUGGUGCGAAUAAAGAAGAAAGCGCAUAAAGAAUUGUAACAACAACAACAGCGCCAGCGAAUUAUUAUUAUUAAGCGAAUUUUUGGGUGAAGUAGCUAGUAACACUAUAGUCUGCGCGAUUGAUAUGCAAAUAAAUAACUAUAAGGAAUGUUAUGUAUAAAUCCCGCCUAGUGUUUUUUUUUUAAUUUUUGGCAUAAAUGCAUGAGUUGAUAGCCAUCGGUGAUGUUUUCGGGUGUUGAUUUACAGGGUGUGUCAGCUGUUAAACUGGAGUUACAUGUUCAGUCUGUUUUCAGUGCGAGGAAAAGUAAGAAGAGCUGCUUUUACUGAGAUCAUACAAACUUGUAGAGAGAUUGUGCUAUUGUACGAUGAUAAAAUCUUUGUCAGUACUGUGGAUCUACACGAUCACGAUGGACGGGUCAGUCGGGCCGAUGCGUGUGUUGGUGACGGGCGGCAGUGGGCUGGUGGGGCGAGCGAUUGAACGGGUGGUGAAAGAGGAGGGCGGAGGGAGAGAAGGCGAAACAUGGAUAUUCCUGUCAUCCAAAGAGACCAAUCUUGUGAGCGCUGAAGAGACGAGAGCAGCCUUCGAGAGACAUCGUCCGACGCACGUCAUUCAUUUGGCCGCGAUGGUUGGAGGACUCUACAGAAACAUGAGACAGAACCUGGACUUCUGGAGGAAUAAUGUGCACAUCAAUGAUAACGUGCUGCACACGUCUCAGGAGUUCGGCGUGGUGAAGGUCGUUUCCUGUCUGUCUACGUGUGUUUUUCCAGAUAAAACCACCUACCCUAUAGAUGAGACUGUGAUGCACAGCGGUCCCCCGCAUGAGUCUAAUUACGGUUAUGCCUACGCCAAACGCAUGAUUGACGUCCACAACAGGGCGUUAUUUCAGCAGUACGGUUUGAAAUACACAGCCGUGAUCCCCACCAACAUGUUCGGACCCCAUGAUAACUACAACAUUGAGGACGGUCACGUGAUGCCGGGGCUGAUCCACAAGACGUACCUGGCCAAGAAGGAAGGUAAACCUCUGCAAGUCUGGGGUUCGGGUCGUGCUCUGCGUCAGUUCAUCUAUUCUCUGGAUCUGGCUCGUCUGUUUCUGUGGGUUCUGAGGGAGUACGACGAGGUGGAGCCCAUCAUUCUCUCAGUCGGGGAGGAGGAUGAGUUGACUGUAAAGGAGGCUGUGGAUGCUGUGGUUGAAGGAUUCGGGUUCGAAGGGGACGUUAUUUAUGACACUAGUAAAUCAGACGGUCAGAUCAAGAAAACCGCCAAUAACGCCAAACUACGCAAAUACCUGCCAGACUUCAAGUUCACGCCGUUCAAACAAGCCGUCAAGGAGACGUGUGAUUGGUUUGCCGCCAAUUAUGACUCCGCCCGUAAAUAAAGAUCUAACAUCUGAUUGGCUGUGAAGAGUUUGAACGCCGUUCCAUGCUGGAAAAACCAAACCAAGUCUGAUCAGACACUUCCUUAAAUAUAAGGAAGACAAAAUCGUUGGACACCACCACUGAAGAUCAACUUUAAUGUUUUUCUCAAUGUGUCGUCUCUGAUUGGCCACUGUGUUCACGAAAUCAACAGCUAUAUCUAUGACUGGUUGCAUUUUUUAACACUACGAAAGCAUUGACGGGGUUGUUUAUAUGUGUAUGAUGUAGGAAACUGUGACAAAAACAACAUUUUCGAGACUCUUCGGUACACCUCAGUUUUAAGGAGUGGAGCUGAAAGCUAAAUUUGCACAUGGUUUGGCUUUGAGAAUAUUAAAAGCAAUAAACAGACGUGUAAAUGGUUAAAAAUGAGACUUUAAGCAUUUGAUCUGUGCUUUGUACUGUGUGAUGUACAUUUUCUUCAGUUUGUACUGGUGUGUCAAUCAGGCUAUUCUCUGGGUUUGUUUUCUAAUGGCAUGUAGCUACUGUAUGUUUUUACAAUACACUCGUAUUUAAAACAA